CCCCUGGGUGCUCCCGGAAGCGGAACCUGAGCUCGGCGCUGCUGGGACCGGAGGCGCCGCCGCUGCCACCGCCGCAGGAUGAACGCGCCGCCGGCCUUCGAGUCCUUCCUGCUCUUCGAGGGGGAGAAGAAGAUCACAAUUAAUAAGGAUACAAAAGUACCAAAUGCCUGUUUGUUUACAAUCAACAAGGAAGACCACACACUUGGAAAUAUUAUCAAAUCGCAAUUACUGAAAGACCCUCAGGUGUUGUUUGCAGGAUACAAGGUCCCACAUCCUCUGGAACAUAAAAUCAUCAUUCGAGUUCAGACCACUCCUGAUUACAGUCCCCAGGAAGCUUUCACCAAUGCUAUCACGGACCUGAUCAGUGAACUCUCCCUUCUAGAGGAGAGAUUCAGGGUUGCUAUCAAAGAUAAACAAGAAGGAAUUGAAUAGAAACAUGAACUCUCUCUUUUGACCUGGAUUGUGGUGUUUCUUUUCAUGAUAGUGGAUGUGACUACUUCAUUGAACCACUUCUUUAAGGAUUAUUUAAAACUUUCAGUAAGAAUUAAUGUCUCUAAUUUCACUAAUUUGUAGUUAAUUUGCCUGCAGUAUUGAGAGUUCUGUACAGGAUAAAUUAUUUGCAGGUAGGAUGGUAAGUGUAUGAGAAGUCUUGUAUUAUUUGAGCUAUUACACUUUUUUCAAAGCUGUGUGAGACUUCCGCAACAAGUGUAGAGCCUUUGAUUACUGUUAUAAAGAAGUAAGAUUUAACAGCU